AUGAGGACUAUACACAUCCAUUUCAAAAACUCCACUUGACUAAAUGGGGAAGAACAUGAAUCUCAUCCCUUCUCUCUUCUUACUCAACAAGCACAAAGAGCUAUGGCUAUGGCCUUCUUGCAAGCACCCCAAAACCCGCUCUUUUCGACUCACCACACGCGAUUCUUCCAUGUCUAUACACCCUAACAAGGAGUCAUUGCCUGAAGCAGACGUCGAGCUGACGACACCUGAUUCCUGCUUCACCAACUCAUCGGAAUCUGCCAGUAUUUCGACCGAGUCUGAGAAGUAUUUCGACAACAACGAGUGCUCCUCCUCCUCCGUGGAGACGAUUGUUCGUGGGGCGAGGUCUGAGCGAUUGUUUUUUCAACCUGAUGCCACAAGUUCGAUACUUGAAACUCAAGGGAGUGGUAGGCAAUGUACGCGGGUAGAGACCGGCGGUGGUUUGCCGUAUAAAGAGAGCGUGGUGAUGGAGAUGGAGUCGGAUAAUCCAUAUGGGGAUUUCAAGAAAUCCAUGGAGGAGAUGGUGGAGAGCCAUGGUUUGAAAGAUUGGGAUUGUUUGGAGGAGUUAUUGAGAUGGUAUUUGAGGAUGAAUGGGAAGAACAACCAUGAAGUCAUAGUCGGAGCUUUUGUUGAUUUGCUUUCUGGGAUAUCCGGUGGUGGUGGUUCCGAUCAUUCUACAGCCACUUUCACUUCUGCUGCGUCCACCUUUUCUUCAUCAUCUCCUUCAUCUGAUCAGAUUGAUAGAGAUAAGAUCAAGAAGGAAGGAAAAACGGUAACCAAAUAAUUAUUCCUGUAUAUUUUAUUAAUUAAUUAAUUAACUCACUUAUUUCUUCAGUAUUAUGUAUACACUGAUUAAUCACAUUCUGUACACUU